CAAAUAUUAAAGAACAACAGAUGUUUGGUAACUUUUAUAGCUUCGAGAAAUGCAUGGAUUUGCUUCAUUACCAAUCUUCAAAGUCUCGUUAAGAUGUCCUUAUAAGAGACAUUUUCUCAGAUAUUUACAAAGACAUAGAUAUUUCACAACCUCUUCUAAAUCUAAAUCAAGAAAAUACAUAUUUAGAUUUGGAUUUAUUACUCUAACAGCAGCAGGUAGCAGUUUAGCUGUUUUUAUUUCAUCAACAAAACCCAGUGCACCACCUAAAGAGAAGGAACUUGUUGUGCCACAUGAAGCAGAGAUUUUAGUCAAACAAGUUGCAGCUGUUGACCAGGAUUUGUUCUGUGUGGGAAUUGACACUGACUGGCAGUUGUACUGUUCAUCACCUUAUACUACUGAUUUUGGCAGUAGACUACAAAUAAUUUUAUUUAACUUGAUUCAUUUUAAUGUAACAAGACUCUGGGACUGGCUAUUUCCCUGGGAGCAGUCAAAAAGUGAUGACCCCUGGGCUCUUCUAGAACUGACGAGGUCAAGUAAUUUCUGGAUUCGACAGAUGGGCGUGGCAUCUUUGGCUAACCAAACAUCAUGGCCACACUACAAGUACAGAAUAGUGGCCCAGACCUGUGACCCACGCACUCUUGUAGCACUGGCCAGAUACCCUCAUGCCAACAAUGCCUUUUUUCUUCCACAACCAAAAGUCAUCACUUCCAAGAAUGACAUAGUUACAGAUUUGAAAAAUCAAGUGCUAAAACUACCAGUUCCCCCAUUAGCCAGCUCCUGUGUUAUGUACUACAGACAUCUAGCAUUGGAUCAGGAGAUCUGUAUGAACGACUCCUUGGGCUUUGACAACCUGACACAGUCGUACAGCUUCCCUGAAGAUGAGGACAAAAAGAAAGAAAAGGAAAUCAGGAACUGUCUAGAUGCUAUUUCUUCCUACACAUCCAUUCCAGACUUUGGGUCCCAAUUUGUCAGCAACCAUGGCCUGGCAGUGCUCCAGCAGCUGUGUGAGAAGUUCCCUGAGACCUGGGUCCAGAUCUACGUGGCCACCAUCUUGACCAACCUCUCCCAGACUUCGGAACAUUUGGAUCUUCUGGCUCGCACUGGUUGGAUCACAGUGCUGCGUGGGUGGACAAAGAGCAACAAUGCUACCUUGUCCAUGCAAGCUCUGACUACUUUAGCAAACCUAGACAGGGAGUGGCUCUCUAAGGACAUCUAUCAGGACAUUGUCCUUCUACACCCAGCAUAUAGGAACAGCCAGCCUGUAUACGCUGAUGUUGUAUUGGUCCAUGGCUUGCGGGGUGGGGCUGUGAAGACCUGGAGACAGAGAGAUCAGCCUAACGAACCUGUCAAUCCAUUUGUCUCUAAAUGUUGGCCCAGGGACUGGUUGGCGUCAGAUUGUCCCAAUGUUCGAAUCAUCAGCAUUGGCUACAACUCCACCCUACACUUAUGGGGGGACCACUGUCCUUAUGAACAAGAAAAAAGAACCAUUGAAGGACGAAGCAGGGAGAUAAUCCAAAAACUCCUUCAAGCUGGUGUUGGGUCAAGGCCCAUAAUCUGGGUAGGACAUUCCAUGGGAGGUCUUCUCAUCAAGAAAAUAAUUUCUCUGGGAGAACACGAGACAGAAUUCUCCAAAUUUUCCACUCAGACUAAGGGGGUUGUGUUUUAUAGCGUGCCACAUCGCGGCUCCUCUAUAGUGGACACCAUGAUGUACGCCAAGUAUCUGUUGUUCCCAUCUGUAGAGGUCCAGGAGUUACAUACUAAUUCUCCUGCCUUAAUCCAGUUACACACAGAGUUUGUAAAUUUUGUCACCAAAAACUCCAUUUCUUGUCUAAGCUUUGGGGAGAAUGCAAAAACACCUUUUGGUCGUCCCCUACCAAAAAUGUUAGUCGUGUCAUCUAACUCUAGUGAUCCUGGAGUUGGCCAGUUUAUUAGUGUACCUGACAAUCACAUUGACAUCUGUAAACCUUGUUGUGAAACUGAUGUCAUUUACCAGAUGACAUAUAAAUUUGUAAAUGACAUAUUAAAUACAGUGAGAUAGUACUUGCUGUUGAGAUUAGGUGUUCAGGUAUUUCAUUGUAUUAAAAUAGUUGAUUAAUUGUUUUAUUGACAGCAGGAGAAAGUAAUUAGAUGUCAGACACAGGAAUUAUUUCAAUAAUUAGAGAUUUUAUUGACAUGACCUUUCAGUCAUCAUUUAUGAACUUUGACCUUUCAGUGUAUCAUUGACAUGUCAGUGUAUCAUAUUUACUAUUUAUCUGUGUCGCAAAUGGAAACAGUGCAUAUUAUUGACCUAGUUGUAUCAUAUGGACCUGUUUGUAUCAUAUUGACCUGCUUUUUGUAUCAUAUUCCUAUAGAAUACAUUGAAAUAUUUUAUCUUGGUGCCUUUCUAAUUGCCUUACAGCAGUAUAACCAUUGUAUAAUAAUUGUUUUAAACUAAAAGUUUCUAUUUUGAAAACCUAUAACCUUACCAGAGAAAUAUCACUUGACCUGGAUGAGUAAUUGACACUUGUAAAUUGUCAGUCGUGCAAUAUUUGAGUCACAAUCUGCCAUAGUUUAUAGACUACACACAUUUUAAACAUGUCAUUUAUGGAGCCACAGCACAGAAGGAUACUUUGAUUUUUUUGACUACACAUGUUAUGGUAGCCUAAGUUUAUCUGCCAUUGUCCUAGUUUCUCUAAGUCUCCAGCUACACAUGUUAUGGUAGCCUAAGGUUAUCAGCCAUUGUCCUACUUUCUCUAAGUCUCCUGCUACACAUGUAUGGUAGCCUAAGUUUAUCAGCCAUUGUCCUACUUUCUCUAAGUCUCCUGCUACACAUUCUUGUCACCUGAAGGGAGAAAUGAACACACUAACCUUAACACAGCUAAACACAACACCACAGCUAAACACAACACCACAGCUAAACACAACACCACAGCUAAACACAACACCACAGCUAAACACAACACCACAGCUAAACACAACACCACAGCUAAACACAACACCACAGCUAAACACAACACCACAGCUAAACACAACACCACAGCUAAACACAACACCACAGCUAAACACAACACCACAGCUAACUUCAACUGCAUAGCUAACCGCAGCAAAGCAAAGCUCCAGUCAUUAAGAGCUAAGAACUAGCAAUAAAAGUUUGUCUUAUCAUCA